CAAUACAGGCGCAUCAUGUCACGCGCUGCCAGUACCUCGACUGGCGACACUAAGUCCUUUUGGCGGCGACCGAGGUUGUCUUCGUCGCAGUGUAAUGCCACAGGUGCGACCCGCUUCUCGGGGCCAGCCAUCCGAGUAGCGGCGCCCACGUCCCAGAUGUCAUCCCAAAGGCUACCACCAUCGUCUCCGCAGCAGCUGAGCUCAGACGAGGAGGACGAAGAGCUUCGUUCCUUCCUCACUAUCCGGGAGCCGAUUCCGCGCCACGGCAGCGGCGCGGCGCGCCGUGGAGGUCGAGAUGACUCGCCUUCUUCGCCUGCCAGUUCUUUCGACUCGACGCGUCUCUCGCCGUGGUCGACGCCCACCUCCCCUCGGUGGUCCGGCUCCACCACGCCUCCCGGUUCCUCCAGCCUCGAGGGUCACUCUCCGGGUCUGUCGGCGUCCCUGUCUUCGUCUCCCUUCUCUGACGCCAGCGUGGUCGUGUCGUCCUCCUGUGGCACUCGCAAGCACUCCCGCGGCGACGGUCUCUUCCCCAAGUCUCUGCCUUCCUCGGCUUCGGCGUCAUCUUCGCCUGGCUGCAAGCUGAAUGCUCUCGGCGAUCCCCCGCCGCCGUGCAACAUCUGGUCGGGCGGCUUCAAGUGGCACGACCAAGCAGGAGGAGGAGGGCCUUACAAAGAUCGGGAAGAGUGUCUGCAGAUAUCCGACUUCUGGCAGUACGGCCAGCACCGCCGCAGCAGCGACUUCAGUUCGGACGCGGAGUCCCGGAGGGGUGACGACGUCGCGGAUGCCGGCUUCCAGGGGCCCAGGAGGGCUUCCUCGUUCGACGCGCUCGAAGUCGAGAGCGACGACAGCUCCGUCGAUGCGCUGCGAGGAGCCCGGCCCAAGCUCAUCCUUCCCGUCCCGAAGCACUCUCCGCCGAAGAAUGCCAGCUUUCCCGAGCCGUCGCAGCAGCAGUCGGCGCGCUCGGGUCGCGCCGCGAGGCCGGAGAGUGACGACGUGUGCUGCCACUGCAAGCUUGCUCCGAGUUUGCUACCCCUGGAAUGCUGCGAACAGGACGUCAGGGGCAAAGGCGACGCCGAAGAGCCGUUGGGAAGCGGCGUGGGAUCUAAGAAGGGCCUCAACUGGCCCUGCACGCUGCAACCUCCGAGCCAGCGUUGCCUAGACUGCCUCUACUCGGUGCCCCUGUCCAGCGGUGCUCAAUGGGUGCAAGCGUCUUGCGGCAAGUUCCCCUGGAACAGGCGCCGUGGAUCGGGCGUCCUGGUUCACGAAGUCGACGAGGGACAGCCCUGCCUGACCUGCAAGGACAAGUGCCCCGGUUUUAGUCCCCACCUUUGGAGGAAAGUCUGCAACAACUGCAAGUGCCCCCGAGAAUCGCACGAUGUGUACCACGAAGAGUUCGUCAACGUGCGUGACCGCAUUGGCAUCAAGGCCUCCGACCCUUCGCAGCAUACUUCCAAGGAGAAGACGCUGCAGGAGGGAUACUCCUGGGUGCCACCAGGACUGUCCAGUGCAAAGAUCGAGGAGUACUUCGCUCAGCUGCCGAACCACAAGGUGCCGAGGCUGGGCAGCCCGGGGGAGAAGUACCGCGACCGGCAGCUCAUCGUGCAGCUGCCCAAACAGGACCUGGCGCUGGCCUACUGCAAGUUCCUGGAGCGAGAGUGCCAUCGGGCCUUCGAGGACUUCGUCAACGCUCGCAACGAGAUCGCCCUCGACAUCGGUUACGUCAGGGAGGCCCUCGACAAGACGCUGGAGUGCCACAAGUGCGGAGGCGUGCUGCCCGGCGGCGAGCUGGCGGUGAUCGCGCCCAAGUUCGGCGAGAUGGUCGCCUGGCACCCGGCGUGCUUCGUGUGCUGCGCCUGCAACGAACUGCUCGUCGACCUGACCUACUGCGCCAAGGACGGAAAGCUCUACUGCGAGCGGCACUACGCCGAGACGCUCAAGCCCCGGUGCGCAGCCUGCGACGAGCUCGUGUUCUCCGGCGAAUACACCAAGGCCAUGAACAAGGACUGGCACUCGAGCCACUUCUGCUGCUGGCAGUGCGACGACUCGCUCACCGGCCAGCGGUACGUGCUGCGUGACGAGCACCCGUACUGCGUCCGCUGCUACGAGCAGGUGUUCGCAAACUCCUGCGAGGAGUGCUCCAAGGCCAUCGGCAUCGACUCCAAGGACCUCUCCUACAAGGAGAAGCACUGGCACGAGGCGUGCUUCCUGUGCAGCAAGUGCCGAGUGUCGCUGGUGGACAAGCCGUUCGGCUCCAAGGCCGAGAAGGUCUACUGCGCCGCCUGCUACGACGCCGCAUUCGCCACCCGCUGCGAUGGCUGCGGCGAGAUCUUCCGCGCCGGCACCAAGAAGAUGGAGUACAAGGGCCACCAGUGGCACGAGAAGUGCUUCUGCUGCUGCGUGUGCAGCAACCCGAUUGGCACCCGCAGCUUCAUUCCGCGGGACAACGACAUCUACUGCACCGGCUGCUACGAAGACAAGUUUGCCACAAGGUGCAUCAAGUGUAACCAGAUCAUCACUAGCGGCGGAGUGACGUACCGCAACGAGCCAUGGCAUCGGGAGUGCUUCACUUGCACCAACUGCAGUGCCUCGUUAGCCGGCCAGCGAUUCACGUCACGUGACGAGAGGCCAUACUGCGCCGAGUGCUUCGGCGAGCUGUUCGCCAAGAGAUGCACUGCCUGCUCCAAGCCUAUCACUGGAAUCGGCGGAACGCGCUUCAUCUCUUUCGAGGACCGCAACUGGCACAAUGACUGCUUCAUCUGCGCCAUGUGCAACAACUCUUUGGUGGGCAAGGGCUUCAUCACCGAUGGACCUGAAAUCUUGUGCCCUGAAUGCGCUAGGCAGAAGCUGAUGUAACUUGGCAAUGAAAUGCAACACCUAACGAAACAAAGUAACUCAAAGAACACGAAGCCUUUCAUGCACCCGCUAUGAUCCUAAUGCAGCAAAGUUUGUUGUGGUCAUACGAAAGAACCGCAAGUAGCUUCUCUCAGAAAGAAACGUAAAAGCAGAAAGCAACAAAUAAAGUGUAUUAUAUUGCACCUCGCUGAGUUGACUUACUAUAUAUUCAUUGUGAAACAAGGAGUGAUGUAGCGCCUGCCUCUUCCUAAUAGCGCAGGUUUGAGCAGAUGUUGCUUAUGACAUUCUUUUAGGUUGAUUAUUUUUUUUUAACUAGGCUACUGGAAUAUUUGCAGUGUAAGGGAAUGACAACAGAAACCAUUCCACGACGAGUCUCGUAUAUCACUGCAUAUAUUUGCUGUAACCACAAAUUGCAUUGUUCUAUCUUUACACAAUGUUGGAUGGGACAUUCAAGCACACUUGUGAGAACCUUUUUUGUGAUGCGCUGGCUGAUGUUUCACCACAGAGAACUGAAUUCUUUCUCUGGUGCUAAGCUUUGCAACGUGCUCAGUGAUGCUGUCAACUUUUCAUCUGAUAUAGACAGGCGUCGAAGCAAACUGACCACUUUAUGCAACACUUUAAUAUGUAAUUUCAUGAGAAAUGAGGUCAUGGAUAACAAGGUUGACAGCAUCUACUGACAUUGUUGGACACUUCAAGGGAACUGUUGCUUUAUUUUUACUCUUACAAUGUCUGCUUUCCCAGUUGUUCUUUAGUGGAUUAAUAAAGCUUGCUCUUUUACCCCUGAUUUACUUUUCAGGCAAGAAAGUUGCAUGUCUUUGUAACUGUAGGCAACAAUAAAGGUUUUCCUAAACGCACUACUCCUCAUCGCAAGUACUUAAAUCGUAUAUGCACUGUUAAAGGUGUUAUGCAUUUUGAAGCACUUUCUUGGGAUUUUUAAAUUUUAGUUUUCUUGUUUAUGAUUUGUAAUAGGGCGUCAUGGCAUAUCUUUAUGUCAAUUCAGCUUGGAAAUGCAGAAAGACAGAGCUGCGGAGGUAAACAGAUGAAAGGUCACAAGCUCCUUAUUUCUGAAACUAAUAUAAUUAGAAAUUUAUGGAGCCUAAAGCACGAUACCAACAUACUUUUCAGCAUAUCGAGAAUUCAUAGAUAUGCCUGAAGUUCAAGCCUUUCCUGAGUCACCAGCAUGGCCUUUAUGAAGAGAAAAGUUACCCGGCGCUGGUAGCCGUGCAACUUCUUCGACAAUCCGAUGCGUUCUUUGCCUGUACACGACAAUGAAAAGAUGUUGACGGUCUUCGAUUGAAGUUUAGUAUACAUGCACAACAUGCAUUUUGGUGUACCUAGCAACACAAACACAAGUAGUGUAUAUGCACUUAACUACUGCUUAAAGUGAUAAAAGGCGCCUUGUGAAGUGUUGUGUGCCACAUUACAUACUUGUCAUGUUGCUUAGUGUUGCCCCUUCAGCCAACUGUUGUAUAUACUGAGCAGAGUUUAAUAUAAUAUGUAUCGCGGACUAACUGUGAGAAUCCUAUUGUGAAUGCUGAGUGCUUUAACAAAAUGUUUCUGUAUGUAUUGCAUUGCAAUAUUUUUGUAUGCAAUUGCUUUUUAUUCAAAUUUUUUGUGUGACUCACUGUGAUGCUUUUCUGGCAGUGUUUGGCAUCGCUUCUUCAUUAGUAAUCUCACUUUUUUUUCUGUAUCCACUAAUGCUUUUAUUCACUUCAUUUCAACAUAUGCUUGCUCAUCACGGCAACAAACAGCAAUGUGCCGAUUCAUGCAGCAUUGUAUUGCAGAUAUGUGACACUACAUUGCACUUUUUAACUGCUUGCAGUCACUAUAGCAUUUGAUUAACCUCUCUCCCUCCCAAAACAUGUUCUCUAGUAAUACUAUGUUUAGCUUGUACUGGAAAGCAUAGGAUAUGUGCUGUAAUUAUCACAGUUGGGAACUGCUUUUUGGAGAAGAAAUGGAGAAAGGAUGGAGAAAAGAGACGAAGAACUGAGAAAUAUCUGAAUAAACCCCGAAUACUAACACUGUCCUCAUUUUCUGUUAGAAAAAUAAGUAUACAUGUUCAUUUUGUAGCAGUGCAAUUUUUUUGCAGUAUCAGCUGACCAGAAUCACUGGGGGUUCACUCUUAGCCUCUGAAAUGACGGCUUGAUAGAAUAUAGCAUAUUGCUUUAUUGUUUCUAUAUAUCUUUGCAGCAGUGGCGCUGUCUGAUGAAUGCUUUGCCGUGGUAAUUACAUUCAGUGGCUCUGCUUACACAAGUAGAAAACACUUAAACAAUUUGAACGCGGGCGUUAAUUGUGCAUUGUUCUUGUGGGCUUGCUACGCUUGCAAACUGUGACUCACGCUUCUAAGUGCCAGCGCCUGAGUGCGAUAUAUUUUUUUGACGUUUUUGUGUGUACGUGUCUGUGUUCCAUUUUUGUUACUAACAGUGUAUGUUGCACACUUGGAGAGAGGCUAUGCUCUCUCUUAAAUCGAAUAAAUUUCCACUCAUGGCUCG